GCCGGUGUCAGUGGCGCGGCGGGGAGGCUGGCGGCGGGGGACGGCGAGAGCCCCGGGAUGCGGGGCCGGGUGCCGCCGUCCCUUCCCCCGUGUGAAAGCCGGGCGGAAACCGUGGGAGCGCGGAGUGAUUCACCCAAAUCCAGGGACGGCGGAGUUGAACUACCGGCUGCUUGCACCUUCCAGUCAUUCGAGAUGUUUCAAGACAGGUGGGCGGGAUGCUGGAACCACAGGAGGUGCUCUGAACCAGUGGAGAAAUAUCCUAAGCCCUGAGGGAAAGAAGACAGUGUGACUUCAUGCCUUUUUUGUUUGGAUCUGCAUGAGAGAUAUUUCUGUACUCACAUGGCCCAUCAGCACAUGCAUGGACAUGCUGUCUCAUGACAGACGAAGGGUUCAAGCAGCCUGGCUCAGCCCAAACAGGGAGGAAAUCGUCAUGUUUCUAAUGAGGAACUUCUAAGAGGAGGCAUUCUUGAGGCUUGAGACAGGGGGGAUUCCUGCUCUGGGACAUCGAGACUGCAGGCUGGCUGUUAUCGGGGAAGAGCAGGAGACAGUGCUUGAGGAGAAAGACCAUGGAUCUGAAAGACUCCACAGGAGUGACUCCAUAUUCUGGGGCUGAACUGGCCGUGUGAGAGGCUGGCACCAAGCAGGAUCAUCCUAGAGGAUUCAAAAAAAAAAAUCCUAAAGUCUAAAGCCACUCUGCAUCAAAAUUUAGCAUUGCAACACCUGAAGAUGGAGAGUUGGUCGGUUGAACAAGUCUGCAGCUGGUUGAGACAGAGAAAUUUAGGAGAAUUAGUCCCUAAAUUUCGUGAAGAAGAAGUAAGUGGAGCAGCUCUUCUGGCUCUUAAUGAUCGUAUGGUACAGCAGCUGGUGAAGAAGAUUGGGCACCAAGCAGUACUGAUGGACCUGAUUAAUAAAUACCAGCAACAAAAAAAUAGGCUAGAAUCCCUUACAUGUUGUUGUGAAACAGCUUCUCCAAAAUGUCCUGAAGUAGUCAGUGGGGCUACUGACAGACAAAUGUUCAAUUCUUCUGGUCCUGUGGAGCAGAAGUAUCUAUGCUCACCUGAAAAUGAAGAAGGACUAAUUGAUCACAGAGUGCUAAAGCAAAAGAAAAAUCUGAAAUCAUUUUUUGCCAGAUACAAGAUGUCACAGUGGACCAGUUCUUACGCUUUGCCAGACUUCCCUUAUGAUGUCAAGUGCACAUUAGCAGAAAAGAAAUGCCCUGAUCACAGUAUGAGAAUAAGGAUUAUUGAAUUUUUACAAGCAGAUAUGACAAAAUACUUAGAAGGAUCACUGUAUCCAAACAGCCAGCAAUAUAAUAUUGUUGUCAAUGCUCUGCUGCAGACCUACCCAUUCCUCGAUGAAGAUGGGAAUGGCUUUCUGCUAUGGAAACGGGCCCUUAAAGAUCGUUUCAAAUAUGUGCGGAGACCUAUUGAUGACGAUGAGCAAGUCCUGAGGAACAAAUGCAAGUUUGGCCACAGGCGAGGACAGACCAGGAAAUCUUCAUCUGCUGAAAACAAACCUGAAGACAUCCAGGUGCAGGAAGAAUCUGUUCAUCUUGAAGGCAGUGCAAUGGAUGUACAUAUUAAGUGGCUUCAGCAAGAAUAUCUGAAAACUCAGAGGAACUGGAAAGAAGUGGAAAACAGAAUGAAUGUGACAAUAGAAGUACGGAGGAAGAUGAUCAGCUAUAAGGCACCUUUGAAAGACAUUCUUAGUCUAUUUCCUUUCUUAAGAUGUCCUUACCAGCUUUUUAGGGAGUUCCAGCUUCUCACACACAUGGACAUUUAUAAGAAAACAGUUGAGAUUUUGGAGAUUUAUUCAGAAAACAUAUUAUCUUUGUAUGUGGUGAGGAAUAAUCCAAUUAACAUUAUGCUGCAAGAAAAUCUGAAGCGGCACACAGAGGAAGACAUUCUGAAAUAUAUGAAAAUGACUGCUGCAUGUUUGCUCCUGCCAGUUGUCUUUGGAGAUGAUUCCAGUCUGUUUGCUGCAGUGAACGAGGAGGUGAAGGUGGCGACACCAGUGUUGGAAGUAAAAAAUCCCUUCAAUGUGAAUUCAUGCAAGUUUGCGCUGUACAUAGAAAGAGAAGAGCUUGCCCAGCUCAAUGACUGCACCAUGGCCCUGGCAGCACUGGUGGCUUCAUUUCAUGUGUUCGAUAUCGCAUGCCCCAAGAGAAUCCACAGGACACUCAGCUUCCUGGAGUCCCUGGUCUUUGAGGUGAGGAGCCCUGCAUCCCUGCCCGCCCAGGUAAACAGAGGUCUGGAGGUACCCAAGUAUCCCACUAUGUGAUGGUGCACACAGCAUUCCCCUCAGGAGUAUUCGACAUUUUGUCAGAAUAAAUCCCUUUGUUGUGAAGAUAAAUCAGUGCCAUUCUCUCUGGUGGAAGUGUAUGUAUAUUUAUAACUCCGUUGUGUUUAAUAAUGCCCUUUUUUAAAUGGUAUUGGCUACUUUUUUAAAAAUUAUACACCUAAGCAUUUAUUUUAAAUGGAAAUUCUAGAGCAGUUUAGAGGCAUUAGAAGCAAUAAAUUUUUCUAGAUUACUA